AUUCGACCUCAUUCCUUUUCAAGGAGAGACCUAAAGGUCAUUUCCGGCUAAGUGAUAAUCUUAAAUAUGUGGAAGCGUUGUUUUCUAAACUAAAAACCACUGCAAAGAUGAUGUGUCCGAAAGGAACUUUGAUGCUGAUUUUAAAUGUAUUUGUCUUUGUCUUUGUUAUAUCAAGCCAAUCGACAGCAGGUAAGAGACACUUAAUGUGUUAUCCUUUGCACAAAUUUUACAUGUUGACAAGGCAUCCUCUUAAUUGCAUCAAAAAUAUGCUAGGAAGGAAGACAAACUGAAGAAUCCAAUGUAGUCAACGUCGUUUGGCUUUUGAGUUUUAAGUUUAAGGCCGCGUUUGAAUAAAAGCCGGACCUAAUUUACAAGUCCUUCCGGAACCCCGUACUUUCAAGUGCGCUUUUCUGGCGAAAUUGUCCGCUUACAUUUGUAUUGAAGCUCUGAUGCAUGGCGCCUUUCGUUCCAUCAUUCUGCGUCGUAUACAGCAAUGGAAAAUAGGAUAACAAGCUGGUGAUGACCACGGCCAAAUUUUGCAUUAACUUACUAUAACCUAUUUUUAAAUUGUUGGCUUUUCUAGAUCUAGUCAAAUACUACCUUAGCUUUGCCUUUUUGAUGCGCUCGAUUCCAAACAGGAACAUAAUUUCUUUAAUUGUUGCACUAAUGAGGCCUUCGAAGGGGGUUUUUGAUGUCGCCUAAUUGUUUAGCAACAUCCCUGUGGCCUAUUUGGUUAGGGACAAAUGUCGCUGUCGCUUUUUGUUAGAAUAAAAAUAUCGCUGUCGCACUGAAUUUGACAACAGAGUAAUUUUGACGUCACUUGCACAUAAGUUAGAAACUUGUGGAAUUCUUGUUGACUAAAUAAUCCAGAAUCUAACAGGCAGCCGUUUUGCAAUGUGUCGCAAUUAUAUUUUUCAGUGUCUUUGGGAUACUAAAUAUCCUAGUUUGAAAUCUGUUUAAACCCUAACAACAACAUGUAGCAAAUCAACUUGGCUAGUUUACACAUUGAUACUUUUUAUUAUUUGCUACAACAGUCUUACACAAGCUGAAUUUCUAUCUAAUAUUUUCAUACCAAUAUUAGGCACAAAUAUCCGGUUGCGCCAUUUUACAUUUUUAUUAGACAAUCAACGCAUUGACUGGUCAAAAAAUAUUCUCUCUUCCUAAUCGAAUUACUUGUAGUCGUCAAUAGGAAUAGAGUUGUAAAGGUAACCGUGCAUUGCCUUUUUCAACAGCAAGGUUUCAAAAAGCAAAAUCCACCGUAUGGAACAUUCAUUCAUUUGAAAGAGCGUUUGCUAAAUUCGAGUGUUAUUGACCUAAUACGAGGACACAGUACACUUUCGAAAAAGUCGCUUGAAAGAGAGCUUUGUUUAGUUAGAAGGACAGGUCUGUAAUAAAAUUUCUACUUGGAGUGAUUGAUUACGGUCCGACAUUGACUUUCAAGUAAGUGGUGUUGCGUCAGCUACUCUCUAUGAACACAUUCCUAAACAAAAAAAUUUAGAUUUAAAAAGAAAGUGUUCUGGCAUGCGCCAGUAUUACUUGUAUGUUUAAGUUUGCUUGAGCCUAAGAUUCUUUUGUGCUGCUUAAGUCGCUAGGAGUCAACCCCAUUCCUUUUUAAGGAAAGACCUAGAGGUCAUUUCUGGCUAAUUGAUGUGCCUCAACUUGUGAAAUUGUUGUUUACUGAACUAAAAACCACUGCAAGGAUGAUGAUUUCGAAAGGAGUUUUGAUGCGAUUUUUAACUUUAAUCGUCUUCGUCUUCGUCUUCGUCUUCUUCUUCUUCGUUAUACCAAGUAAAUCGACUGCAGGUAAGAGAGACUUUGGAUCUCAUCCUUUGCGCAGAGUCAAUUAAGAAUCCGCGAUCAUCCGAGACGGCGAGACAACGGGUGGUUAUAAUGUUAUCUUAAAGUAAUAGAGUUUCGUUAAAGCUAUCAAUAAGCUGUUUUUACAUUUCGACACUUGCAUAGAUAACACGACUCCUUAGACCUUAGCAGCACAGACAUUUUGAGAGACAAAUUUACAUGAUGAUAAGGCACCUUCUUAAUUGCAUCAAAAUAUGCUAGGAAGGAAGAAAAACUAAAGAAUUCAAUGCAGUCAGCUUUUGGCUUUUGAGUUUUAAGUUCAACGCCGGGCUUAAAUAAAAGCCGGACCUAAUUUACAAGUCCCUAUAAAACUUUAUGCUUUCAAGUGCGUCUUCCUGGCGAAAUUUUCCGCUUACAUUUGUACGUAUCCGAGCGCUGAUGGCGCCUUUCGUUCCAUCAUUCGUGCGUCAUACAGCCAUGGAAAAUAGCUACUACCCUAGCAUUGCCUCUUUGAUGCCCUCAAUUCUAAACAGGGACAUAAAUUCAUUAAUUGCUGCACUAAUGAGGCCUUCGAAGGAGGUUUUUGAUGUCGCCUAAUUGUUUACAAACACUCCUGUGGCCUAUUUGGUUAAAGACAAAUGUCGCUGUCGCUUUUUGUUAGAAUAAAAAUGUCACUGUCGUACUAAAUUUUACAAUAGAGUAAUUUCUGACAUUCAUUAAUUGACAAGCCGAUCGCAAGACAACGCACAAUUGUAAAGGUAACCAUGCAUUGCAUGAAAUGAGGAAGUGAUGGACGCGAUAGAGAUCUAAGAGUUUCGGCGAAGAAAUUUUUUCAGCAGCAAAGUUUCAAAAAAGCAAAAUCCACCGUAUGGAACAUUUAUUCAUCUGAAAGAGCAUUUGCUAAAUUCGAGUGUUAUUGACCUAAUACGGGGACACAGUACACUUUCGAAAAUCAGUUAAAAUAGAGCUUUGUUUAGUAAGAACUGACGACAGUUCUGAAAUAAGAUUUCUUCUUUGAGCGAUUCUUUGAGGUCCGCCAUUGACUUUCACGUAGGUGUCUACCGUCUGCGUCGGUGGGGGAGUAUAACAAGAUAAUUUCAGUUUUAUCAACUGAGUUGAUAAUGGAAAUUGGCAACCGUAAAGAGAUUAGGAGAGAUAGAGAGAUUCAAAGCUGACGUUCAUCAGAGCGAGUGGCGAAAGGCUAAUGCCCGAAACGUCAGGUUUGAAACUCCUUACGGUGGCCAAUUUCCAUUAUCAACUCAGUUAAUAAAACCAAAAUUCAUCUGUAAAAGGCCUUCAUGUUAUUUCAUAUAAAACAAUAGUCAAUUGAGUAUCAAAAGUAAUCCGGGAUCGCUUUGGUUUUACUGCACUUUAAUCUGCGAUUGGUCCAGAAAUCUAACACCAUCUUGUCGACCAAUCAGAUGCAAAACUAAAAACAAUCGCGACUUGGUCAUUCGCGUUUUCCAGUUAGCAAAUGAUGAUGUAGACCCUUUUUUCUGAUUGGUUGCAGCGAUUACUUUGGUUUUGGGUUUUUUGACACUCAAUUGAAAACUUCCUUAUAAGGUGUGAAUCGCCACCCAGCCUAUAUAUGUAUGGUCAAAUUUUAAAAGCGGUUGUACCCAGUCCCUUACUCGUUUAGACCAUGAUCACAAAUGAACCAUUUCGUAGUAAUACUUUUCUUUGAUUUCAGAAGCUUCGCUGAUCUCUAACUACGACAUCAUGAGAUGUUACGAAGUUGACAUUACAUUUCACUAUCAGAUUGACGGAGGACUCACAAAUAGCACCAUAACAAAUACCAAAGUGCAGUUUUCUUCUCUUUUUCAAAAAUUGCCCGGCCUUCUCUCGAUUAUCCCAGAGUGCAAUGAUGUCAUGAUCACCAGGAAAGAUAUAUUCAGCUCUCCACCGGGAGUGAAAAGUAUAUUUUUUACAAUACCGAUGAUAUUCACUGCAUCAACAAAUGUAGUAGAUGGUCAAAUUUCAACAAAGAUUGCAGCUUGUAUAAAUACACUGACGACAAGUUAUAAGGGAUUAAUCGACAGCUACACUCCGAGUAUAUUCCAAAAUGGCACUCAUAAUACGCACAAUGCAUCCACUAUAUCAAAAAAGCGAUCCUGCUGUGGUGGGAAUAUACCGCCGCCCUGUUGUACCGUGGGCUCAUUUAACGUGUCAAGUAGUAAAUGUGGUAAGUUAAAACAACGUAUGGAUUAUAUUUGCAGUUGACCCAGGAUCAGGGACGAGCAGAACCAUUUGUUAUGCUUUUGAGUGAAAUUGCAUCAGGGGAGAGAGGGGGGCGGCUUUGAGAUAGAAAACAUGGCUUCCAAGGGGGCAUCAGUUUAUAAAGGGGGGGACUAUAGAGUUUUGACUGCCGGUUAACGGCUAAUGAGGGAGGGGGACCAUAAGAACGUUACAGAGCCUACAGGUAAAUUUUAUCAGGAGACCACAAAAAUCCUGGGGUCACCCUGCCCCCCUUCCCCCCUCCGACCUAUAAAUGUUGAUAAAUGUUGAUCAGUCUUUAAGCUUAGUUCUUUCUCCUUCAUUUAGGUUGUUUGCCAGGGUUCCAUUUUGUUCCUGGCAGUUUAUGUCAGCGUUGUCCUUCAGACACCUAUCAGGACGAACAAGGUCAAAGUUCAUGCAAGAAGUGUCCUGGAAGAAAACAAACAUUUGGAAAAACAGGAAUGACUAGCAAUUCCAGCUGCCUAGGUGAGCUUAAAUAUCAGGGAACGUGUCGGUAAAAUAAGGUUUUUAGGAAAAAGGAGAGCCACUUGAGCUCGGAUAUACCUUCAGUAGCCGUUCCGUUUUCUUCAUUUCUCUGGAUUAGCAUCAAUAUCAUUUUCACGAUGUCUUUCUUUUUUAUCCAGUAUAUUUAGUGCUCUUUGUCUCCGUCAGUGCCUUGUCACUGAAACUGUUGUGGUAGAUGCUUCUUUUCCAUACUUGCGCAAUCGGUCUCAGACCAGUUUUCAAUUUACUUUCGAAAGACUAAAAGUAGAGUAAUCCCAGCAACCAGUCAAAACAAAGGUUUACAUUAUUAGUAGCCAAUAGGAACUCAAAGUGAAAAUAUCCAGACUUCUUCAGUGUGCGUCUCGUAUCUGAUUGGUUGAGAGGAUGGUGUGACUUUCCGAACCAAUUGCAGAGUAAAGUUAAGUGAAACGAAAGCAAUCUUAGAUUUUUUCGAAAGUCAAUUGAAAAUUGCUCCAUUGACCAUGAAUAAUCAGGAACUGACUUUUGACGGGCUCUAACUGGUCAAUAUUUAUCACGAGGGUGGCGGUGGGGUGGGGGGGUCGGAAGACUUGACUCUGUCACGAUAAAAUUUACUAACCCCCACCGGGGGGCCGGUCCCUUCUCACUGUAUUUCGUGCUUCCUUAUAGACCCUCCAUUGAUUGGUAACUACGACGUCAAACGAUGCUAUAUACUUGACGUCAUAUUCAAGUACCGAAUUCCAGGAGGCCUUACGGUCAACACCACCAGAGAUGUCAGACAGGAGUUUCAAAGUCUUUUUCUGACAGUGUACAAUCUAUAUCUUUCUCUUCAACAAUGCAAAGAGGUGAUUGUCACAAUCGGAAAUAUAACACCAUCUCCACCAGGAGUUAGUCUUGUUUACUUCCGAGUACCACUUACUUUUACAGCAUCAAAUAACAUAGCUGAUGAUCUUGUGGCUAUAAAUGUUACAACCUGUGUGAACGUUGCAAAUGUCUCCUUAAAAGGAUAUAUAGACCGAAGUGCUCCAAACAUAACUCAAAACAAAACCACAUACCAAAUUAGCCAACCGUCUUCAUCGGAGAAGAAGUCAUGCUGUGGUGGGGAUAUACCGCCGCCCUGCUGUGCCGUUGGCUCAAUCAAGGUUUCAAAUACUAGUUGCGGUAAGGAUUUUCAUUUCUAUUUUGAAAGAAAUAAACGUUCCAUCAAUAAAAUGAUACAUACGGUUUGUGCAGCGGUAUUUGCACUAAAGGCAAGCGCGGAAAAUUCUCAACAGUGUCCUCGUCCCUUCAUCCCUCUCCUUGACACUGGACAGAAUCUUGUUUUUUUUUUUCCUCCAACGUUUUACACAAAUUGUGUUACUUUUUUUAGGUUGUUUGCCUGGAUUUCACUUCGUCACCGGCCGUUCGUGUGUUCCUUGUCCUUCUGACACUUAUCAGGAUGAACAAGGACAAAAGUCUUGUAAGACUUGUCCAGCCGAUACAGUAACAUUUGGUAAGACAAGAAUGACAAACAAGGCCAACUGCACAGGUAUGGUUGACUUUUCAUACGCCUUUCCUUUCCUAUCAAACAUUCGAGAUUGCUUCGUUUUCUUUUUAGAUACAAUGCUCUGCAAGUUAACGACCAAGAAGUUUUCCUGCCUGAAAACAUCAACAACGAAAGAUAGUCGCGAAUGUUACUUUUACUACAGUUCUGACUUCCCUUCCUAACAGUGUCCGCGUCCCUUAAUCCCUCUCCUUGAAAAAUUCUUUGACACUGGACAGAAUCUUUGUGUUUUUUUCUCAAACGUUUCACACAAAUUGUAUCACUUUUGCAGGUUGUUUGCCUGGAUUUCACUUCGUCACCGGCCGUUCGUGUGUCUCUUGUCCUUCUGACACUUAUCAGGAUGAACCAGGACAAAAAUAUUGUAAGACUUGUCCAGCUAAUACAAGGACAUUUGGUAAGACAAGGAUGACAAACCAAGCCAACUGCACAGGUAUGGCAGCAACAAAACUGCGCUAAGGUUCAUUUGACUUUUCAUACACCUUUCCUUUCCUAUCAAACAUUUGAGACUUGCUUCGUUUUCUUUUUAGAUACAAAUCCUCUGCAAGUUAACGACCAAGUAGUUUUCCUGCCUGAAAACAUCAACAACGAAACAAUAGUCGUGAAUGUUACUGUUAAUGCAGUUCCGGCUUCCCUUGUUCGACCAUUUAAGUUUUACGUAGAUAAUGUCACACAGCCACGACUACUGUCACGCGAGGUGUCAAGGCGAAAGCGGCGUCGUGUUGAAGUUGAUUCUCGGUGUACACACCCUGAGCUCUGUCCUCAAAUGUUAGUCGAUCUCUGUUUUAAGGCAGGUGCCAUCAAACCAGAAAAUUAUUUCUGCAUUCAUCGAUUCACUGGACGAAUUAGGGUAACGCAAGACUUUGUAUUCAAAGAAGGUGAAGUAUUUGAUUUACAAAUACGCGUGACGGACAGCGACCCAAGUGGAAUAACCGAAAACACAGCCAGAAUCAAACUCAUUUCUGGUGACCCGUGUAAGAUCGUCCUAGCAAUUUAUGAUGAAGCUGUGAAAUAUUGCAUCAAGAAUUCAGAAUCUGUCGAUGGAGGAAAGAAGUGCUUGAGUACUCAGUGCACGGAGACUGCCCAUGAUUGGAAAGAGGCACUUAACAGUGCAAGUAAUGUACCAGAGAAAGACUGCUCAGCUGAUCCCCAUAAUCUUACAGUGCUCAUCCGCGAAAACCCACUUUGUGGUAAGUAGUCACGUGUUGUAGAGUCUACUCUAUCUCCUGAUCUUAUCACGCAACACGUGUUCUUUCUCAGAGAGCGCGUUGCGUGACCAACAAGCAAAGACUUCGAAGGAGACUGGAGUCGAAAAACAGUAACUUUGAAAAGUAUCGAUAGAUACAGUUUGUUACUCUCCCCUCCCCUACCCCCUUCCCUUAGCCGUCCACACUAAAUGUCCGAAAACAUUGAUGAAAGCGACAGAGUGAUGUUUUUCACGUCACCAUUUUGAGAAGCAUCCGUUUUCACCUGUCCACAAAAGAAGUUGGGCGUUUUCAAGACUCCACUUUUGAAAUCGUCUUCAACAGUGUUCAUUUUAUUCCCUUUCAUCAGGUGUUUCAGUGUGGACGAAAGAGAAUGGGGCUAUAUUCACCAUAAGCCCCAGUCUUACCGCCGUCAGACCAGUUGAAAACUGCUGACCCGUAUUGCAGAUUGUUAACUCUCCGAGAUGUGUUUUUCACCAAAGAUGUACAUUUCGGAUUUAAUGCUGCAGUCAGAAAUCCUAAAUGUGCACUACUUAUAUCCACAAUUCAGAGCUUUGAUAAGAGAUCUGAAUCGUCUGUUGCAAAAUUAAAUCAAGAUAGAUUUUCAGAUCGGAAAUCUAAAUUGUUAACUACAGGUACUCACUUUAAAUCAACUCAGUCGUUGACUUCUUUGGAUUGACUCGAAUUCUGCAACGUGCUUUGCAAUUGUAAAUUAAAGUUGCUGAUUGCUAAAAUUUUUGCCAGGCAAACUUUAAAUGCUACGUUCUCUCAGAUUCCCUUAUAGCAUCUUUUAAUCUUGAAAAUAUGGUAUGGCAAAAUUUGAACUAUUUCCUUCUUAUUUCAGCCGUUUAUCAGCUUGUGAACGCAGAAGUGUUUCCAGUUGUUACUUCUCUUAACAGGCUAGCCCUUUACAAGUACAAUUUGUGCAGUUCAACAUUCGUUGUCGGAUGCUGGCCUCCUCUAACUACGGUUCUGUUUUGAAAGCAGCUUCAAACUCUUUAUAAAAAACAUUUAGUGCUUUACUCACCCUUCUAGUCUUUAUUCCAAUAGGUCACUGAAGUUGUUGCUGUUGGUAAGUAUGUCAACAUCGAAUAUGGCGUACGCAACUGAGUUAGAGAUUACUGUUUUCUCACAGUCCCACAUAGCAUCUUUUAACCUUGGUAGCAUGGUGAUAAUGGCAAAUGGCAAACUUUGAACUAUUUUCCGUCUCCUUGCAGCCGUUUAUCAGCCUGUGAACGUAGAGGUGUUUCCAGUUGUCAUUUCUCUUAACAGGCAAGCCCUUUACAAGUACAAUUUGUGCAGUUCAUCGUCCGUUGUCGGAUGCUGACUUCCUUUAACUACGGUUCUGUUUCGAAAGCAGCUUCAAACUCUAUACAAACAACAUUUAGUACUUUACUCACCCUUUUAGGCUUUAUCUUAAUAGGUUUCCGGAUUUGUUGCUGUUGGUCAACAUUGGAUGUGGCGAACGCUAGCGAGUGAGAGAUUAUCCACCCCUAAGACAUUGGAGGCUGCUGGGGUCACCGCUUGGGAUUUGAGGCAGCGUGCAUUUGAGAGGCGAUGGCGACGUCAGUGGUUGAUAAAACUCCGUUUUCUUCCCAACGAAAAAAUAGGGACCUUUAGCAGUUAGGACGGCAACACCAAAGAGGACGAUUUAAAAAUGAAUGUUUUUAGUUGGAAUUUCGCGAAUGACUGGAUGUGUUUACCAUCUCUUACGGCGCACAUGUAGCCCCGGUUUUUUGAAGCUCGGAUAACGCUAUUCACUGGAU